AGGUUACCGUCGGUGGUUUCCAUUCAAUCUCCAAUCAGUUCCCAUAGUUUCCUCCUCAGAUUCAACAUAUUUCUUCAUUUCAUAUUCAAAUCUAUCUCUGUAAACACUUCGAAGCAUUGAGGACAUACCGGAAGAUCCAAUUUCAUAGCAGUAAGAUCUUGUGCUGAAUGAAUUUGCGGUUCGUUUGAUCCGUUGAUGUUGAAUGCAGUAGAGCUCUAAGCAUGGAGAACGAUGUUCACCGGUCCGUGUCUUUACGGGCGAGCCGUAGGCCUGAUCGUUUUUAUAAUAACUUCGAAAUGAAAGGUGCUGAUGGUUUCUUCGACGACAAAUCAUCCUCAGACUACCCUAUUAAAGUUAUCUGGAAAAGGGGAUUUGUUCGUUUGCUUUUAGUGGGUGGCAUUCUAUGGAUGAUGCUCAUUCUAGCUGUACUAUUAUUUCAUAUAUGGAGUUGUCAAUCUUCACUUGUUUUCCUUUCAGCUAUCUGUAACAAAGACAGCACAGUCUUUCACAUGCUACACAACAUGGGGAUGGUAACACCACCACAUCGCUGUUCUAUUCCCCUGGCUAAUGACCCAGAAAAAAUAGUUAUUCCAGAGAAAAGAUCUCCUUCAAAGUUUGUUCAAAGUUUAUCCUACUUUGAGGAGGAUGAUGCAAACACAAAUGGAUCAGAGUCUUCUCCACUAUUUGGAGGGCAUCAAAGCUGGAAACAGAGAGAGGAGAGUUUUAAGCUAAAAUCAAGCAUGAUGGUACAUUGUGGCUUUAUGCGAAAUGGUGGUGCAGAUAUGUCUCCCAAAGAUAUUGAUUAUGUUAAGAGGUGUAAGUUUGUGGUUGCAUCUGGAAUAUUUGAUGGAUAUGAUGCACCUCAUCAGCCUUCAAAUGUAAGCCUGCGAUCCAGGAAACUCUUCUGUUUUCUUAUGGUGGUGGAUGAGAUUUCUCUAGAAUUUAUCAAGCAAAAUGUUACUGUCAGAGAGGACGGUGAUAAGGGACAAUGGGUAGGUAUCUGGCGCCUUAUUCUGCUUAAGAAUCCACCAUAUGAUGAGCCUAGAAGGAAUGGGAAGGUUCCUAAGAUAUUGACACAUAGGCUCUUUCCUCAAGCACUCUAUAGCAUCUGGAUUGAUGGGAAAAUGGAGCUAAUUGUUGAUCCAUUACUUAUGUUGGAAAGGUACUUAUGGCGUGGAAGGCAUACAUUUGCCAUAGCUCAGCACAAGCAUCAUAAGAGUAUAUAUGAGGAGGCUGAUUCCAACAAGCGAAGGAAGCGAUAUGCCCGGCCUCUUAUUGAUCACCACAUCAAAAUAUAUCGUUAUGAGGGAUUGGACCCUUGGAGCCCGUUGAAGAAAACCAAAAGCGAUGUGCCGGAAGGGGCUAUAAUCAUACGCGAACAUACUGCACUGAAUAACUUGUUUAGUUGCUUGUGGUUCAACGAGGUGAAUCUAUUCACACCAAGAGAUCAAUUGAGCUUUGGGUUUGUGGUUUACAGAUUAAAGGGCAAUUUCAAUUUCUUCAUGUUCCCAAACUGUGAGUAUAACUCCAUCUUCAUAUUGCACCCACACACUCGUGAGCAUUCCUCUAAAAUCGAGUGGGUGAAAUCUUUAAACGAAUUGAAAGGAAACAACAGUGGUCUAAAAGAAAGCAGGGGCGGAUUAGGGCUGUGGUCACCUUACCCUGCCGACCUCGAUUUGGUAGUACUUCCACCAGUUGCAAGAACAUCCAAAGCCGGAUGAUUAUUUCAACACAACUAUUGAGCAUCGUGUUUCUAGAUAAUUUAGAAACAAUUAUAGAAAAAUGUCUACUAUAUAUACAUGCUGGCAUUAGGUUUGUAGGUUAGAAUCUCUUUUUAGUUUUUAGUUUUAUGUUCAGGAGAAAGAAUGGUGUUGUUUUGUAGUUAACUUGAGAAACCUGAACUGCUGGUUGAGUUGGUUGAUUGCUGCUUUCUGUAUCAUGCUAUAUAUACAGAGAGAGAUUUGGGAUCAUCUUA